GGAGGGAAGAGACGUGAGUAUCUCCCAAACCCUAACAUGAACGAGAGAGACAUAUUCGAUAGGCGAAACAGCGAUCGACACCCCGAACGUGACCGCGACCGUAACUGCCACGAUUCCGAUGACCACCGCCAUCAUCGAUCUGAUCGGAAUCACAGAGAAGACCGAGACAGGGAUAGGGGAUACGACAGAGACGAAAGAGAGGGUAGCUAAGGUAGGUCUAAAUCGAAGCGCGAUGAAGAGAUGGAGUAUUCAGUGGAAACUCGAUACUCCUUGCAUAAGAGGAAAGAUAGAGAACAUAGCGAGGAUAGGGAAUUGGAUGAUAAGAUAAUUAGGGUUUCUGAAGCAAAGAAGGAACGUAGGAGAUUUGGUGAUAAACUUGGAAGCCUCUCUAGUAGUGAUGCCUUAGCAAAGGCUAAGAAGGCUUUACAAAUUCAGAAAUUGUUGUCAGAGAAGCUGAAGAAAAUUCCUCAGUUGAAUAAGAGAACCAAAGCUCCUUUUCUUCGUCUUGACGCCCAGGGACGUGAAAUAGAUGAACAUGGAAAUGUUGUUAAUGUAACUAAGCCAAGCAACCUUAGCACAUUAAAGGUCAACAUUAAUAAACAGAAGAAAGAUGCAUUUGAAAUACUAAAACCUGUAUUGGAUGUUAAUCCUGAAUCUAAUCCUCAUUUUGAUGAAAGAAUGGGUAUCGACAAAACAAAGCUCCUGCGGCCUAAGAGGAUGAAUUUUCUGUUUGUGGAGGAAGGAAAAUGGUCAAGAGAUGCUGAAUCAAUAAAAUGGAAGAGUAAAUUUGGAGAAGCUCAAGCAAAAGAACAGAAGGACAAACAAGCACAGCUAGCAAAGGCAAAGGCUGCUCCUGAUAUCAAUCCGAACUUAAUAGAAAUUACAGAGAGAGUUGCAAUGAAAGCAAAACUGAAGGACCCAAUUCCAGAUAUUGGGUGGUGGGACGUGGAACUUCUGCAUUCUGGAAAUUAUGGCGACAUUGCCAAUGGUACUAUAGAUGAAGGCAAUAUGAAAAUGGAAGAAUUCAACUUUUAUGUGGAAACUCCUCGGCCUAUUGAACCGCCUGCUGAGCCCGCCCCUCCACCACCUCAACUUAUCAAGCCAACUAAACAGGAGCAGAAGAAACUAAGGACCCAAAGGCGUAUAGCUAAGGAGAAAAAGCGACAGGAGAUGAUUAGACAGGGUUUCAUAGAACCGCCAAAACCAAAGGUCAAGAUGAGUAAUUUACAUAAGGUACUAGGGACUGAAGCAACUCAAGAUCCCACCCGGCUUGAAAAGGAAGUACGUAAUGCAGCUGCCGAGCGUGAGCAGGCUCACAUAGAUAGGAAUAUUGCACACAAGCUUACUCCUGCUGAGCUGCGUGAGAAGAAGGAAAGGAAGUUGUUUGAUGACCCAAAUACAUUGGACACACUUGUCUCACUUUACAGGGUAAAUGACCUUUCUCAUCACAAAGCCCGCUUUAGAGUUUAUGCUAAUGCUCAAGAAAAUCGUUUGACUGGAUGUGCGGUGAUUUGUGAUGGUAUUAGCGUUGUCGUGGUUGAAGGUGGAAGCAAGUCAAUUAAGAGGUAUGGGAAACUUAUGCUUAGACGUAUUAAAUGGCGUGAUGUUUCAAAAGAGAAAGAAGAUAAUGAAGAUUCAGGCGAUGCCAAUAAAUGUGUUCUGGUGUGGCAAGGAAGUGUUGCCAAAUCGAGCUUCAAUAGGUUCAGUGUUCAUGACUGCAUCACUGAAGCAGCUGCUCGUAAAGUUUUUGUGGAUGCUGGGGUUCUUCAUUAUUGGUACCAAGCUGUCAACUAUACAGAUGAUGAUGCUGUUUGAAUUGUCCUCUAAUGUUUUUGGUCAACAUUAUUUGGAUGCCUAUCCAGUCUUUUGGUGAGUUAACAGUUAUGCAAUUGCUUUUAGUGGAGUUUUUUUGAACAAAAUAAGAAAUACCAUAGCUGUUGGUGCUCCUUUGUUUCCUGUGGUCAAUGAUGUCUAGAACAAUUAUAGAUUUGCUAUAUCAUUUAGUGGUGUGAACUUUCUCGCUUCCAUUUAGGAAGUGUCCAUUUGUGUGCGGUAUCAUUUUGUUAAAAAUCUUAGGCCAUCAUGAUAAACUGCAAUGUUUCUUGACUAUGUAAAGUACUUU